GCAAGACUAGUUAAACAUUCCACCAAACCUCACCAUAUCAAAAGACCAAUAGAGACGGGAAAAGACGGUAAAAGUUUUAAAUCUUAACAUCGAACCAAAAGAGAACCAUCGGCCCGGCGUGGUUUGUUUUGCUCUUUCCGAGAGGGUCCUGAAGGAAGGCGGACCCUAGCCAUGGCUCCCAAAAGGAACAACAUUAUCCCCAAUUGCCACUUCCACAAGGACUGGCAGCGCUAUGUCCGGACGUGGUUCAACCAGCCGGCACGCAAGCAACGGCGACGUGACAAGCGUCAGGUCAAGGCCAGGCGUGUGGCUCCCAGGCCCCUGGGCAGCCUGCGACCCAUCGUGCGCUGCCCCACCUUCCGGUACAACACCAAGCAGCGCAUUGGCAAGGGCUUCACCCUCGAGGAACUGAAGGGAGCCUCACUGAACCCCAAGUAUGCGCGCACCAUUGGCAUCGCUGUGGACUACCACCGCACCAACAAAUCCAUGGAGUCUCUGCAGCAGAAUGUUCAGCGCCUCAAGGUGUACAAGAGCAAGCUAAUUCUCUUCCCUCUGAAGGCCAACAAGCCCAAGAAAUCAGACUCCACGCCACAGGAAGUUGCCCUGGCGCAGCAGAUGAAGGGAACAGUGCUGCCGCACAUCCCGAAGGCCAAGAAGGAGAAGGCGCGUGGCAUCAGCAAGCGCCAGAGGAAGUUCAGCUGCUUCAAUGCCCUGCGCAGGGAGAGGGCCAUUGCACGCACGUGGGGCAUGCGCGCCAAGAAGGCAAAGGAAGCUGCCGAGGACGCUGCCGUCACGGGCAAGAAGUAAAAAAUGUAAUUAAGAGUAAACUUGUGAAAGAAA